AUUGCUAUCAUGGUUAGCGGAAUUGAAUUAAUUUCAGUGUUAAGAUUAGCACAUAAGUUAAUUGUUGGGCUUAUUUCUAAUGCUCGUUUGGCAAAUAAUAUUAUUCCGAAAGCAGAAGAAUUGGAAGAUCGAAUCGUCAGAUUAAUAGAAAUUUUUAAUAAUCAUAUUUCGGAGGAAGAUGGGGAGAUUAUGUCACGAUAUUAUUAUUUGAUUAAGGAUGAAAUUAUACCCUUCUUUGAAAGAUUCAACAAAAAAGGACGUAUCAAAAAGUUUGUUAAUGUUCGUGAUGACAUAAAUAAAAUUGAAGGCUUUGAAAGGAAACUAGACGGUCUUAAUAAAGACUUCAAACUCAAGCUCAAGCUUCAAAUGCGUAACGAAGCACUUAAACAGCCACCUGCUCCAUCUACUCCACCUACUCCACCUGCUCCACCUGCUAUCAAUUACAAUUAUAAUUAUUAUGAUUAUAGUAAGAGGAUGGCCUAUGUUGCCCAACCAAAUCAACUCGAUCAACCCGGUCAAUCCACCGGCGUCCUUUCCUGGCUUAGUUCCUUCUUUUGGAAUGAACAACCAAAGCCACCUGUUCAAACUACUUUACCUGCUAUCAAUUACAAUUAUAAUCAACCCAAACAACCCAGACUUUUGGAAUAUGAAUAAUUUAUGAUAUAGUAUAUUUGCGUUUUCUAUUAGAUGUUCGAUCAUGCUAUUUGAUUGGAUACCAUAAAUAGAUCGGUAUCUCACUCUCAAUUAUAAAUGGUUGAUUACUGAAAUA